GUCAUCAAGAUCCAAUUGUCAAACGCAUGGUGAAGUCUUGGGAGCACAUAAAAGAGCCCGCAGAACGCGGUCGACUCCCAGUUUCUGAGCCAUGACAAUUUAGUACUACGCCAUCAGAAAACUCCAACAACUGGAUAUGAAAGCUUUCUGGACCAUUGACACUCGAAUGGAUGGCAAUGUCGCAUGGGAGUAAGCCUCGUAGUCACACGGGAGACGACAUGUGAGGUCGGCGCUUACAGGGUGCGCGCUAGCCGUUUCGGGUAUGAUGGCCAUGCGGGAUCGCCUCACCUUGACCUAUGAAUGGCCAACCACAUUCGAAGGCAUAUACUAGGGUGCGAUACUUGCAUCUCGGUCACACAGCGCCGCCUGUAAGAGCCGAUAAGUUAUGGAGUCGCUACGCUCUCCGCUGUUUUCUCUUCCUUCGUUAAGAACCCCUCCUUAUCCCGGUGUGCGAUCUUGCGUGAGCUGCGUUUCGUCAAAAUGUUGUCCAUCUUCUCAAUCGUUACCGUUCUGGCGGUAAACUUGAGCCUCGUUCAUGCUCAUACUGUAAUCACGUAUCCGGGGUGGAGAGGCAACAACUUACACACGAAUGGCACUCUGCCACAGCAUGAUGCCUCCGCGCUGGGUAUUAACUAUGUCAAUGGUUCCUACACGUUUCCAUAUGGCAUGCAAUGGCAAUACCCUUGUGGCGGUAUGCCGAUGAGCACCAACAGGAGUUUGUGGCCCGUCAAUGGUGGUGCUAUCGCUCUCCAGCCAGGGUGGUUCAAAGGCCACCGAUACGCUCAGUUCUACGUCAACGUUGGCAUCCAACUGCCUGGAGAAGUGGCUCCUCAGAAUAUGUCCUUCAACGUCGUGCCUGCCUUUCAGAUCACCGGACCCUCCAAUGAUGAAUACCCUCAAUCGGCAUUCUGUCUGCCGCAGGUCCCUUUGCCUGCGGGAAUGACUUUCAACGUUGGGGAUAAUAUCACUCUACAGAUCGUCGAACUCGCACAGCACGGCGCUGCCAUCUAUAAUUGCGCCGAUGUCACUUUGGUUGACGCAGUAGACGUGCCCGAAGUAAGCCGCGCGAACUGUUACAACUCCUCCGAUCUCAGCUUCCAGUUGAUGUACGCAACCGCAAACCUCACCAGCGCCUCAUCGCCACCGAUGGAACCUUCGCUGUCGCCACUCUACGUCCUACUGCCGCUGGCGAUAACCAUUUUCGCGUUUGGGAUCUGGUAACAACAGACAAGGCUGUACAAGAGAUAUCAUUAUAUACUGGAUUGAGAAGUGCUCGGAGUUUGGGACAAUGCCCUUCAAGGUGUCAAUUGGCGUUUUCCAUGAGGCCCAUUUUUGGAGCCGAUUGUGACGGUUGUACAAGGUGAUGGCUCACAGCACUGUCAAGUAACUUGUUAAUAUACAGAUUCUUCUUCCUUCUACC